AUUGACAUUAAUUCGAAUUAUAAAUAAAUGAUAAAUAUUAAAAUUCAAAUGAAAAUAUUGCAUGAAUGCGUUGGCCUUCUUAUCAGAAUUUUCAGAUCCUUGGAAAUAUGUUCUACUUUGCCCAAACAAAAAUCACAUGUAUUAACGUAUUGUUGAUGUAAUUUAAAGCAAUUUUCUUUUGAAGUGUAUAAUUUUUAAUUAUAUUGAAAUGGAUCGAAAACGCAAGGAUGUGGGGGGCAAAUUCAGCAUUCAAGGAAAAACAUAUACAAUAUACGGUGGGGUGAAUCCUAUAGGACGAAAUAGAGAGGCUGUUGUUAAUAUAAAAAACUUGGGAGUGAGUCAACAACAUGCCUUAUUCAUUUUGGUGGAUGAUGAUCUGCAUUUCAUCAGUGAUUUGAACUCAUCAAACGGAACUUUUCUCAAGAAUAGGAAAUUAGAGCCUUUACGGUUGUAUCGCUUAGAGAAUGGUUCUCAUAUAAAAUUUGGAGAAGUUGAAGGUACAUAUACUAAGUAUACACUACAAGAUGUUGAACGUCUAGAAGAUAUUUCGUGUUUAUCUGAGAACACUCAAAACUACACCCAAAAUUUUUAUGGUAGUAACACUCAGAUAAUAGAUAAUACUGAUACUACCAUAAAACAGCUUGAUAACAAAUCACUAGAAGGGAAUUACAUACCAUCCCAAGUAUUAGCAGAAAUGGCCGAUAAAUUAGAAGAUUCUUAUACAGCAGAAACUCAAGUGGUCAAUUCUGAAAACAUUGAAAAAAAUGAAAAUGACAUUUCUGCUCCUCUAAUGGAUAAAGAAUCGAAUACAAAUAAUUGUGAGGAAUCAAAUGUUGAUAUGCAUGAAGCUCAGACUCAAGUGAUUGUAACUGAACCGGAUAAUUUAGAAGAAAAUAAUGACUGUGAGGCCGAAACUCAAGUGAUCGAAAAUCAUUCGAUGGUAGAGACUUCACUCAAAUCAAUAAUUGAUUUACAUGAACUUGAAACCCAAGAGAUUAACAUUUAUCCGGAAGUGGAAGAAGAAUUUUCAUUAGAAGACAUCGACAAAGAACUCCACGAAUCUAAUGAACAAAUUUCUUCAGUGCAAAUUGAAAAUCCAACAAAUGGGUCGUCUGAUCAAAUAACUAAAGAGGAUUCCUUACCACCAGAUUCUAAUUUGAAGACUUCAGUACACAUCUCUCAAGAUAAUGAUGUUGUUAAUCCAGUGGGUUUAACGAAUAAUGUUCUUAAUGACUCGCAGGAAGACAGUGAUACCGACAUAAUAAGACCUGUGAAAAAGUCUAUUAACAUAUUUGAAUCACAAGACCCCACCAUCGAGGAUAUCAGGGAAGACGCUGAAAAAUCUGAAAUAGAUGGAGAUUCCAAAAGUUUGGAUGACAGCGAGUCAGAUAUCAUAAGACCCUUGAAAAAAUCUGUAAAUAUAUUUGAGUCUCAGGAAUCCGAAGGAAUGGACGAGGAAAGUAACGAUUCUGUAGAUUUCUUAACAAUGCAGAAAAUUCCGAGUACCCAAAAAUAUUUGAAUUCCGAAGAAAAUUCUCCAAACACCAAGUUGAAGAACUCGGAGCAAAGCAGUGAAAAUAAUCGGAGUAUUGUGAAAAAUGAUGAUACGAAUAUUAACGACAAUAAAUCUUUACAUUUAGACGAUGGGUCAGAAACUGAAGAUGAAAUUGAGAUCAAGAUAUCGAGGAACAAGGAAAAGAGCGAAGUUGAAAAUAAUGAACACACAUACGCUUCUAAAAAUUUGGGAAAAUCCCAAAAUUCUGAUUCUGAGACUGAUAUAGAAGAAAACAAUUCUGUUUCUAAAAGUGAUGAAAAUAAAAAAACCAAAACAGAGAAAGAUGAAAAUAUUUUUUAUUCGGGUGCAGAUGACGAUCGACUCAAAAAUCCAGAGGUAUCAACUAAAAUACCCACACUUGAUUCCGACUCAGAAACUGAUUUGGAGGAUAAUUUGAAUCCGGUCAAAGACAUUAAAAAUAACGAAUCAAUCGGUCUAGUUCUAGAUGAAAGUGCUUUGGAAGAGAUUCCUGAAAACUCGGAAAAACCUAAUACAGGAAACCCCCCAAGAUUAUCUGUCCCGUGUAACGUAUCUCUCAAUGAAUCCGAUUAUAUUCCUUCUACUCAGGAGGAACAUGCGAAAUCUUCUUCGCAAAACUCUAGACUUGAGAAUUCCGAAAACAGUUUCAAAUUAGGUUUGACGCAGUUAAUGGAAGAGGACAACGUGUCUCAAACGAAUAAAGAAGGUGAUUCCCAGGGAAAUUCCGACAGUGGAAUAGAAAAUAGUAAAUCUCAAAGUUCGCAAGAUAAGAAAAAAUUCACCUUUAAAAAAUCAUCUUUGGGUGCAACGGAAUCCGUAGAUAUAACUUUGGAUUACGACGGAGAUAUUUAUCAGGCAAACACCCAGAAUAUUUGCGGGGGAAGCUCAAAUAUUAAUGAUUCUCUAGACGACCAUGUGUUUCUGCAACCAACCCAAGAAGCUCCGAAAAGAUCGAAGCAUAAUAAAAAUGAGAGUAUACCGGAUGAAGACAUUUACUUGUUGUCCACUCAACAACUCGACGGAAGUCCAACCAAGAAUGCCCCCAAUACCAGUAUACCAGACGAUGAAAUUUACAUCUUAUCCACUCAACAACUCGAUGUCAGUCCAAGCAAGGAUGCUGAAAAGAUUCUUGCGAAUAAAGAUAAAGCAACGAGACUUUCUGAAAAUGAAUUUUAUCAGCUGCCAACCCAAAAAAUUACCAAAACGGAAGAAAAGGUUGAAAUCCACAGUAAUUCCGAUAAAAAUGAUGACGAUGACAUAUUCGCCACCCAGCCAAUGGACGUCAAUGAAUCCCCAACGAAAUGUUUGGAAUCCGAGUUGGAAACCAUGUUCGCGACACAAAGGGCUAUACCAGCGGACGACACCUUGGAUAAAAUACAGGACAUCGUCCGAAACAACGGUAUCACCGACGAUAAGUUACCCUGCGAAGACAAGGACUUGGAAGCCAUCCUGGCCACUCAGAAAAUGCUCGACUCCCCGAAAAGAACCAAGAAAACCCCCGAAAAAUCGGUAGAAAGCCAGUUGGAGGUCAUAUUCGCCAGUCAGCCUUGUAAUUUACCGCCGGAUAAAUUCGUCAGGCCCCCCAACCCCUUGGUUAAUAUUUUCGACGCUCAAAAUACUCAAGAACUACCGAAGGAAGAACAUUCGUCCUCGGAUAAGGAUAAGAAAACUUCCGAAGACGAAGAUAGUUUCGGGAAAACUAGGAAACCGUGCAGGGUCGGUUUGGAGCAAAGCUUCGCGCUGUUGGAAGCCAACUCGACGAAAAUCAGGAGAUCAAGGAGGACUAAAGACUGCGAAGAAAUAACCGUGAGCUGUCCUAAGUCUAGGGUUUCUAUGGUUGUGGCGCCGAACGAUAAGGCGAUGUCUGAAGAGGAACCGAAACCGAUCAAAACUGCUAGGAGUUCCAGGAAAAGACAACCGCCUGCUGCACUCGAGAAUUUCGUGAUGGAUGUUAAAGAACACCGGAGAUCUAAAAGGCGGAGAUUGAGCGAAAAUUCCAACAGUUCAGACGAGGAAAGCGAACCUAUCGUUUCGUCCAGGUCGAGUAAACAAAAUACGAGAAAUAAAUUGUUGAGGAAAAUUCAAGAGGAUGAUGACGAUCCGAAAAUUUCUGAAAGGCCUCGGACGCCGAGUAAAAAACGAAGUUCUAGGUUGCAGAAGCAAAAAGUGGAGGAAAACGAGGUCAAAGACAUUAAAAAUACCUACCAGAGUAGAACUUCCAAAGCUACUGAUCCUUGUGCCAGUUAUGAUAACAGCAAAGAGAAUGAGGUCCUUGAGAAUCAUGUUAACAAAUCUUCUGAAGAUAUUAAAGACCCCAAAACUAAAAGUACAAAGGUGAAAGGAAGAACAGAUGAAGAAGACGAUACAAAAUCAGAGAAAAAAGUCACUAAAACGAAUAAAACUAGGAAAUCAAGAAAAAAUGAGAUUGAAAAAGAAGAAUCGUCGACCAGUACAUCAAAUACCGCAGUAGCCUCAAUGAAACAGUCGAGAAAAUUCAAGGAAGACUCAAAAGAAAGUUUUGAGAAUGAAAAAGAAGAUAAAAAAUUAGUAACAGCAAGUACAAGAAAACUGAAGGACGACAUUGAAACCCCAAAAACUCCAUCUAGGGCAUCGAAAAGAGGAUGUAAAAUUGAAGUGACAACGCCUCCUAAAAUUAAGAAGGAAUCAGAGGCUACCCCCUCAUGCAGCACCAGAAAACGUCCUGUACUAGACGUACAAGACACUCCUAACAGAGCGAAGAGAAAGCUGAAACCUAAGGUGGUUUUCACCAUGAUGGAAAAUCCACGAUUGGAAGCCCAAAUAAAACAGCUGGGUGGGAGUGUGGUUGAUUCCAUUGAGACAGGUACCGUCCUGCUCACAAAAUUUGUGAAGAGGUCUAUGAAAUUGUUGUCGGCCGUAGGAUUGGGCAAACCCAUCUGCUCGGAAGAAUGGGUGCUGCAAUCAAAAAAAGAAAGUAAUUUCUUAGACCCUUGGGAUUUUAUAUUAGUCGAUAAAGAAGCGGAAGAGAAAUGGGAUUUUUCCCUGAAGACAUCUUUGGAACGAAGUUUGCAGGCCAAAUUAUUCGAAGGGUGUACAUUCCAACUGUUGGUGACAAAUGCCGUGGAUGUGUUAAAAGGUGCCAUUGAAAGUUGCGGAGGCAAAAUAGUUACAAGGACUCCGAAAGGAGCUAAUAAUUUUAUCGUUGUCGCAUCGGCAGAUCAAAAAGAUAAAUACAAGAGACUGCUAAAGCAACAACCUGAUCUUAUUAUUGUAGAACCGGAAGCAAUAUUCGAUGGAGUUCUACGACAGGAAAUUCGAUUUGAAAGACAUUUAUUAAACUGAUCUACUCAGUAAGAAUUAUACAUAAAUUUAUUUUUAUAAAUGCUUCUACCUGUUAUUGUUUUGUAUAGUUAUUCCCAUAUUGAAUUUGAAUAAAAGAUAUUGAUUUA